AUGAAACUUGCGUCAUCUGUACGAUACGAUAUAUAUUUACCAGCACUUGGGAAAAUAAUAUUUGCGAUGCUUAAUGCAACGACUGUACAUGAUACGGACAUCGGUUCCACUGUAAAUGGGUCAAAGAGCAACCGACAGGUCUGCUUUCACAACUUUUCCUGUCCUUUCUCAUCUUCAUACACAUACUUUGUGUGAAAAGCUCGAUUAUUACAUCAGCCAUAUUUUUUUUUUAGGGAAAUUAGUAAGCUUGUUCCGCUGAAUGUGAAUACCGAAUAUGAAAUGCGCAGUGAACGAGGAUUCGAACAGGAUCCGCUAUAA